UGGACCUGGCAGAUAAAUAUGCGUAGUAUAUCGAAGAUAUACGCGUAAUGGAGUAAGGACACUCGCGCGUACUCGCUUUGUUCGCGACGAUGACGUGACGUGAUGCGUAUCGGACGGACCUGUUGAUAUCGCGCCUCCUUAUCGGCGACACCGUGCGACGUACGACACUGCCGAUGCCUGCGAGACUUGCGAUCGCAACAGCGAUAUCGCCAACUGUUACCUGCCUUUUCUAGUUUAUCUCAGAGUGCGCUAAGUAUCGUGUAUUGUAGGAAAUGAAAGAAUCUGUCGACCGAGAGAAAGUACGCGAUGAACAAAUUGCACCCACUGUAUAAUUUGCCGUUUUAAUUCACAACAACGCGUGUUUCGCGACGUGGACAUUCGGAUGGACGUUAAUGAAGAAGGAAGAGAGAGGGAAGAGAGUGAUGCGUGCUCUUUUGCUACAGGAAUGUGCAUUACAGAAUAUAUACGAGGGGCAAUACCUAGAUACAAGGCAGGAAACGGCCGCUUAAGUGCAAUAAACAAGCCGUUAGUACAUACAUCGUCUGUGAUGUAUAUAUUAACGCGAUAGUGCAACAGCGGUAGCAUAAUUAAAUGCACGAUAAUAGUCGUUGCCAGAAGUUCCAGAGUUUUGGUCGUAUUGCUCGGGAAACGGAAUUAUUCAUGAAAAACACAGUGGCAGAAUUGACUUUGCGGUUCGACGACGUGUUCUUUGAUGUGACGUGACGUGAAAAGAGUAUCUCUUCAAGGCUGAAAGAAUGACGGUAUCCGAAGAGAUGGCAACGGAACUGGCGAACAAGAAAGCAGAGCGAGAGGCUCUCAGGGGGGUCAUACAACAGUGGAAUGCCAAUCGUUUGGACCUGUUCGAACUUUCGGAACCUAAUGAGGAUUUGGAGUUUCAUGGUGUAAUGAGAUUCUACUUCCAAGAUAGCGGCCAGAAGGUCGCUACCAAAUGCAUCAGAGUUGCCUCGGAUGCGACCAGUCAGGCUGUGAUAGAAACGCUCAUAGAAAAAUUUCGUCCCGAUAUGAGAAUGUUGUCCGUCCCCGAAUAUGCCCUUUACGAGAUUCACGAGAAUGGAGAAGAACGUAAGCUUGGGUUGGAAGAAAAGCCGUUGCUGGUUCAACUAAAUUGGCAUAUAGAUGAUCGCGAAGGACGCUUCUUGCUGAAAAGAAUUGACGACAAGACCAAUGCGCAGGGCGUCGGUUUUACUUCAGCCGAGGGUUCUAGCUUUCGAAGGAAGCUGAGCAAGCGGGAGAAAAAGCAGAUCAAAAAGCAAGAGAAGCUCAGUCGGCUGAAGAGCUUGGAGCAAGACGAAAACGCUGUGCCUGGCGAUCAGAACGGCGUCGCCGAAAAGCUCUAUACGGAACUGCCCGAGACUAGUUUCACAAGGAGCAUUUCGAAUCCGGAAGCGGUGAUGAGACGCCGUCGCCAACAAAAGCUUGAAAGGAAACUCCAGCAAUUUCGCAGCAAAGACGGUGGACCCGACACUGGCGGUACAUUGAAAAUUUAUGGCGAGGCGUUGUGCAAGGACGUGCCAUACAAAACAUUGCUGUUGAGCGUGCGGGACUCCGCCGCUCAAGUCGUGCGAGAAAUGUUGGCAAAAUACGGCCUAGAAAAAGUGGACCCACAGUUGUAUUGCCUUGUUCAGGUUAAUAGUGAGAAUGUGAGUGGCAAUGCGCAUCAGGAGUAUAUAUUGGACGACGACGAGUGUCCUCUGGCGAUAUUAAUGAAUCAUCCUUCCACACGAGGGUCCAUUAUGUUUCAUGUGAGGAGGAGGCCUGCGGAUUACAUGCCGCGGAAACGUAAAAAGAAACCCGCCGGAAAAUGGAACGAGUUGGAUCACAGGUACGAAGACGAAAGGUUGCCAUUCCUUCUGGAGCUUAAUCCCGAUGGCAGCGAUAUCCCUAACGGCGCUGGAGUGCGACAUCGAUUGCAGCCAAAUGUCACGGAAGUAGGGUCGGAGAGACCCAUUGGGCCCCAAGCGGUGCAGGCACAGACGUUGACGCUACCAGGACCGACGGUGAUGCCCAGGCAUUGCGUGAUAGCCUUCACCGAGAACAUCGUCACCCUUACGCCGUGCUCCAGAGACGCGCACACAUAUGUCAAUAAUCAGAGGAUACAUCAGACCACCAUAUUGCAGAAUGGAGCUAUCAUCAAAUUUGGCAGAAUGCAUACUUUUCGAUUCAUUGACCCGGCGCCGGAGGAGCGCAUUAGACAGAGACAUGAUUCCAACAAGCAGAUUGACUAUGCCUAUGAUCGACGCUCGCCGGACGCAACCAGUCAGGAUGUCAGCUCGGAAAAGUUUCACCCGGGAUCCGGGACACUGAACGGCGGCGGUCAAACCCCGAACCAGAUCCAAGAGAGUGCGAUCCCUUCGAAGUCCGCCGUCGCAGCACGUAGUCCUCGUAGUCCCACGCACCCGCCAGAGCCCACGCACAAUUACGAGACCACAUUCGAUCUAGAUGGAAACGUGGAGACCGCCAGUCUUAGCAGUAGCAGAGAUGGCAACAGACUUUCACAGUACGAUCGGCAGCCGCGAGGCACGGAUCCGAUCUUGCCGGCUGUUUUGGAGUUUCUUGAAGAGACAGAGGAGACAUUCCUUCAUGCUGUCAUCACCGACGUGGAACCUUCGGCGCCGCAGUUUAAGCUGGCGCCCACUUACACUCUUUAUCUAAGCGCGAGGUAUCGCGCCAGCACGCAUUAUAGACCGGAACUGCAACCUACGGAGAGAGCGCACCGACUCACCGUCAUGCUGGCUAACGUCGCUACGAUGAUUCAACGUGUUAUCCAGGAACGUUACAUGGACGCCUCGUCUUUGGCCUUUUGGCUGGCAAAUGGCUCGGAGCUGUUACAUAUGCUAAAGAGCGACCGGCAUGUGGGCGCAUUUUCCACGCGGGCGCAGGACAUCUUGGCGGACGCGGUGCACACGGCUUUCGGUUCGUUGGUGCGUUGCGUUACGCUGGAGCUAACGCCGGCGAUGACGCAGUUCAUGGCGGAUGCAGACGAACCGGCGAAAGAGGCCGGGGUGUUACAGAUCUUCUCGAAUACGAUGGCAUUACUGCGACGAUGCCGCGUGAACGCCGCGUUGACGAUACAAUUGUUUAGCCAUUUGUUUCAUGCGAUCAACGCUACGGCUUUCAACACUCUCGUCUCUAACGGAAAUCUGUGCGUUAGAUGGUUCGGACGCAGGCUCAAAGCCAGGCUGAACGCUUUAGAGACUUGGGCCGAGAGGCAGGGGCUGGAACUUGCUAGUCAGUGCCACUUGGCGACAAUUAUGCAGGCGACUCAUCUCUUACAGGCUCCCAAAUACAAUGCCGAGGAACUAGCCACAUUGAGCUCAACUUGUUUCAAAUUAAAUUCUCUGCAGGUCAGAGCGUUACUGCAAAAGUAUCAACCAGCUGCGGACGAACCUAGGUUACCUGCCGAAUUGAUCGAGAACGUUGUGAGAGUGGCAGAGAGUGUCGCAGAUACACUUGCGCGUGCAGACGGUCGUGAAAUAAGACUGGAAGAGGAACCUAUCCUAGGAUUGGCGUUAUUACUUCCCGAGGAUGGUUACAGUUGCGAAGUAAUAAGAGGCGUUCCACCAGGACUAGCGGAGUUUCUAGCACCUCUACAACGAGAUGGUUUAUGUCGCAUGGCAGCUCAACCUACCAGCAGUGGCUAUUGGACCAUUUACAUGAUAGACCAUCACAACAAUUUGCGUAGCCCUAGCGCGAUGAGCAACAGAUCCGGCGGUUACACCAGCCAUGCCAACCAAAAUCAUGCUCAACCAGAAAUACAUGUCAUUAAACUGCAUAAAAGUACUAACGGCAUGGGUUUGAGCAUUGUUGCGGCGAAAGGCGCUGGACAGGAUCGAUUAGGUAUCUACAUCAAAAGCGUUGUUGCUGGUGGUGCUGCUGAUGCUGAUGGUAGAUUGACGGCAGGCGAUCAAUUGCUCAAGGUGGAUGGACAAAGUCUGGUCGGGAUUACGCAAGAAAAGGCUGCCGAGUAUCUUGUGCGUACCGGUCCGAUCGUGACAUUAGAAGUCGCGAAACAAGGCGCUAUAUAUCACGGACUCGCAACGUUGUUAUCUCAACCUUCUCCUGUGAUGACAAGAGCGCAUAAGAACCGGCCGAGGUCCGAGCUCUUAGAGCCGGCGAUAGGAGCAACGGAGACGGCAGUUGGUGGUCAGCAAGCCACAUCACACUCGAUGGGCGACUUAUUGUCCUUCCCGCAGCAGGUGGCAUGUUGUCAGGAUUUUAAUCAACCAGGUGCGAUUCCAUCUCGACGCAUUGUCGAGGCAUCCGUUUACCGUAAUCAGAUCGAUCAAGGUUUUCCACGAGUCGAUGAUUUCGACGAGUAUCGCUCCAUGCGGCAGGAUCCGUUUUCCGUUCUCCGUCAAAGAGGCGCAUAUCCCGUCGACGAGAGAGAACACGUCCCACGUCCUUCCACUCCCACUGUCUCCUCCGCGCAUUUCCCGAGAAAUCGUAUGCCCUGUCCUCUGAUCUCCGUUACGAGCGACAAUGAUAUAUCGUCCGUUAUAUAUCAGGACGAGAGUGAUGCGAGUGACGAUAAAAUCGUAGAGGAGGAAGAGAAUAAUACCGAAUUAGACAAAGUCGCGACGAGUAGUUUAAAUUAUUCAACGAACACUUUAAAUCCGUUCGUAAGAAUUACAGCUCCGCCGCGGGAAUACGCAGAAGCUGCAGAUGACUAUAAGAAUGACUAUCCGCUGACUUUUGAUAGAAAUGUCUUUGAUGCUAUACCUUACAUUGAUCAAACCGAUGACGGUAAUCUCGCAGAAUAUAGAGUCCAGAUAGAAUCGAGUGAUAAAUGCGAGCGCUGUAAUAAAAUUGAUCGCAACUCUAAUCUUGGAGAUUCUCAGAAGCAUAUAAAGGUAGAUUGCAAUAGUCAACAUACUUUAAAUAUUCCACGAUCUAAUUUUGAGAUAGGUACAUGUAGCAAUCUCGACGUUUCGUCAAUCGAGACUCGCUCAUUGCCUGCGAAUAGAUCGGUGUUACCCAUCGCUACGAUCGAACCAACUUCGGAAUUUAAGUUAGAAGACCCCUCGCACCUUGAAAGCGCGAAUAAUAACGCAAGAUGUAUAUUAAACGUCGACGAACAACGCAAGGACAAAGUGUUGGAUGAUGUUUCCAACUCCGAAGAUUGCGCGGACGAGUCCAGUUCCACGAUUAACGAUGAUUACGCAUCGAGCAGAGUCGAUGGAGAUGUCGAGGAAGGAAUUUCCACCCCCAAGAUGUACACUGUAAUGCCAGAGUUGCAUCUCGAUCUGAGCGGGCUGAAUAGCGACGUGUCCAGUGACGAGUCCAAGACGGAAAAAUGCUGGAAGUCUCCGGAAGAGGUGCGUCUAGGAUGUGGUAGAGUCGCGGCAUUAGCGAAACACUUCUCUAAACUUGGUGAUGCCGGUUUGAUCAAGUUCAAGUCCACCAAAUUGACCGAUUCCCGUCAGUUUGUGUCGGAACCGAACAUCAUAUUGUCGGAAAAGGAUAGCGAACGAUAUUUGCAUCGAUCUCUGCCGAUUGUGCAGAAGGAAUACAAAUCGGAUUCGAACUUGACAAAAAACUCGGCAAAUAAGAGCUCUCGAAUCCGCCCAAUCGGGAAACGCGUCAUUUUGGUUGACGUUGAAACCGACAAAAAUGAUCUUGCGAUCGAGGAAUGUUAUCAUCAUGGUGCUAAGCGAGUCACCAUUGCCAGGAUUCCUUUAAUGGAUCAUAAGGAUCAAAUCGCGAUUGAUACUAAAGGAGGAUUAGAUUUGGUAGCCUCGAUAGAAGAUACAUCGAGUAACAAUAGCAAAGAUCAAGUGUGCACCGAGAAGGAUGCGACUCCUGCGGAGAUUGAAGAUAAUAAUAUGAUGACCGAUAAUGAUAAAUCUCAGGUUUUCAUUGAUGCUGAAAGUACGCCGAUCGAAAAGAUUAAUAUCAAAGAUAGCGGUUCCAAGCUCUCUUUGGAACAACAGCGAGUGAUCGCGGAACAACUCGAGCAGUUUUCAAAUCUGGAUAACACCGAUGCCCCUUUGUUUAUACCGGAGCGAAGUGUAAAGCAGGUUCUUCUCGCUUCUUCGAAAAGUGAGAAUAACAUAACGUCCGGUGGCUCGAACUUGGCACAUCAAUCAGCGGCGUCUCGGGAGAAAUUAUCAUCGUUGAUCAAUAUAGAUAAUAGCUCCCGAAGAACGAAGCAAGUUUCCGACUCUUCGUCGCCCUCUUCUCCGCCUUCUCCUUCAUCUUCCAUUAUACUACCGCUCUCAAAUGUUGUCGAAGAUCCUCCGUUCUCGGAAGACGUCAAAACGCAAACCCGUCAAUAUUGCAGGGAACGACACAAAUCUUGCCUACUCAUCGAUAUCUGUCAUUCUUCUGCUAAGAUUUAUUCCAACUCCUCGAAAAGCCUAUCGAUGCUUCCGUCAUGUCACGCGAGCGCGUGUUCUGGAGAUAACAAACUGAAUAUUCUGCGGGUGCGAAUUGCCAAAUCGCUCUGUAACAGCGAGAAUAAUCUGAUCGGCGCUGCUAUUUGUGAGAAAGAAGAGAGUCUUCGCGGCGAGUCCGCCAAAUUGACGCGCAGCUGUGAGAGUAUCCUAAACAGCAAUUUCUCAUCUGAUUCUGCCGAUCGACUCUCUAAAGAUCUUAGUAAAGAUAUUGAUUCACUUCAUACAUCCUGCAACAGAUUGUGUCCUAAGGAGAAGACCCGAUGGUACCGUCCACGCUCUCUUGAAGAGCUGAAAUCGAAGAAGGAAUCGAAGCAAGACAACUCGACGAAUUCUAUUUCAGCUCGAAGUUUCUCUAAAGUUCAAACUAGAUUCAGCAAAUUUUUCGGUGAUAAAUCAGAUUCCGAGAACAGAGAGGAGAUGCGACGGAAUCGUCAUCUGUCGCUUGAAGAAUUGAGAUCGAAAAGAGAAUCGCUCGAACGAAACAAUCGCAGGAAUUCGAGUGAUAUCGCUGAAAUACAGAGGUCCGAUUGGACGUUGAGGAAGAGAUUUCGCGCAAAGCUGCGCACGAGCUGCAAUCGGUUGAGAGGAAGCGCGCUUGAAUUGUCGCGUGGAAACGAAACGAGCGACGAGAAACGACAAGGACGGGGAGUCGGAAAACGAGAAUAUCGGAGCGAAUUGGAUGUUUCGCGACGAGAGUCCGAUUCGGAGAGGGAUGGUUGGAGCUUUCGCGAGAUCAGCUCAAUGCGUCCACGUCGCAUGAGCGAGCGGGAUCUACCAUCGCGGCUUGGACACGACGCUACUCCUCAGCAAAUCCACAGCAGCAAGUCUGUACCGGCGUUGCAUAAUAUGGGCAAUGAGGCCAAGCAACAACACGAAGUAUUCAACCCGGGAUACAGCAGAGCCUCUUCUAGCAAUAGCGUUACACCACCCGUCCAACCACCUUCUAUGGCAACAAUCACUAGCGCAACUUCUUUGCGUUCCAGGUCAAGUCAUAACUUGCACGAUCCCAUGAGAAUCGGGACUUUACCACCCAGUGGAUUAGUCAGUAGGCAGCAGUCAUCGCCCAAUUUAAAUCCGAAUACGACGCACACAAAUGCACCGUCAAAUAUGCAAAACGCAGAAGCGGAGAGAUUUUAUCAGAAUCUGAGUAUUUAUCGAAAUCAAGAUUCGAUGAAGCAACAAAUUAGCCCGCAACAGUUGGAAGACAGAAACCCUCAGCACAUUCAAAAGAGUUCCUUGAGAGGUUCGCAAAACUCGCUGAACCGGCCGUCCGGCGCGCUGGAAGCGAGCGGCGCCCACAUCCGAGACCGUCCGACGUCCGCAUAUGUCACCCAGCCGCAAGGCCAGCAGCAGCAGCAAAGCUACAUGACCGGCAAUCAGCAGAUGCAGCAGCAGAUUGGCGGACCGCCACCGCCGCGUUCCCAGUCCUCGCGCGACAUAAUUCGUCAGGAGGCGAAGAUGCAGGAGAUGCAGGAGGAGGUUCGUCGGCGCGAGCUGCGAGGUGGUGGCGCGCCAAUACUCAAUCAACACAGACCGCCUGCGGCAAUGUACAACAUCGGUUCACGAGUAGCCGCGCCUCCUGCUCAGCAGGCCUCGAAUACCCUGAUGAACGUUCGCUCGCCGAGAACACCGCUCGGCUCCACGUCAAGUCUGGGCACGAAUUCUGGUUACGUUGCGAGACAAAACGCGCCCGGUUACAAUUAUCCGGACACACAGUACAACAGCACGCAGUAUAGCCAAUACAAUCAACAAUAUCCCAAUCGCUAUCCGGUAUCCGCUGGUGGUCAAUACGGUCCGAUAAUGCCCAAGCCGAAGAAUGAGGCAGCGAUUGUUCGCGGUCACCAUCCGAUGCCCAAUGAAAAUCUACUCGGCACUCGAGAUUCGAACAGUCAAGAGGUAAGAUCGUACGCCGAACAGAAUCGACAUUUCGUCGGUUCGCAGAACAGUUCGAUCUAUCCGAAUGGCAAUCUGGAGCAGCGUGUCGAUCAGUAUGCGAAUGAUGGUGUCGUCAAUCGAGCGCAGAACGGGGGGGAGGGUCAUUCUAUGACGACGUCGGAAACUCUGCCGACGAGACCGACUCUACCACCUGAGAACGCGUUUAACGAAAGCCCGCCGCCACCGCCGCCAAGCACUUCAACACAUCCUCUGUACAAGCAAGCCGACACGAGGUACACCGCGAGCAUGCAAGAUCCACCACGGGGUAGUUAUUAUCCUGCGGGAGGAAUCAACGCCAUGCAGCAACCGCGUCAAUAUCAAUACAGUGCGACCAACCCUUGGCAACGAGAAGAAAGGGAAAAGGAACAAGCCCGCAGAAGAGAAGCCGCCCGACAAUGGCGAGAUCAGCAAAUUGCCGAGUUAAGCGCGUCGACGCAUCGAACGCAGCAGCAGGAAGAGCAGCUACGAGCGCUCCAACUGGAAAGAGAUUUUCAGAAACGAGCAGAAGAGGCUGCUAAUCAAGAUGACGAUGAAGAAAGUAAUGAUCUGGAUAAUGAAAGCGCGCAACGCGUUCAAGGUUUACUAAGAAUGGCGGCUAGUCAGGAAAGAACUGCCCAAGGGACUCAGCAGCUACCAAUCUUAUCGAGAACGAACACAGGCAAUCAGUCUAUAAGAGGUGGUCUACCUCUCCAGUCUAUUGGUAGCCAAUCUGUCGCCAGCAGCCACUCACAUGUUCUGCCCAAUCAAGCGGCGCCUCAAAACAUCGGGAUGAGUAGCCUCGGUCAAGAGAACAGCGGCUUACACAUGCAACCGAGUCAGCAGCAAACGACAACGGGUCAGAGCGAGGAGCACGUGUCGCCCAAUUAUGGCACAUCCCUUUCCAGCCAUUUCGGUUCCAGUCAGAAGACGUAUCCCAUAUCGCAUUCCACGGAGGACAGGGAAUUACAACGGAGAAUAGACGAGGUGAAACGGAAACAAGCUGAAUUCGAAGAGAAUCAGAAAAAACAGGAGGAGCUGCAUUCGCCGCAGCAGCAAACAUAUCAGCAGAGCCAACACCCAAGGAGCCAGCUGCACCCGGGCAUGCUACGCUUGGAUAACUUGAUUAUUAAUGGACCCAGCGUGUCUAUGCCCUCGCAAAAUAGCGUAAACGAUGCGCCCCCGCCACCGGAACGAGGCUCCAGUUAUGCCGUUAUGUCUCAGCAAAGCGCUCUCAGGUCAAACGGUUCGACCGCUUCUAAUCUACCUCCCACUUCUCAACAGCCAGCAUCGAUGAAAAGAGUCUCUUUUCAUGAUUCGAAUGCAAAUAGCGAGUCUAUGCUGCGCAAUAUGUCCGGAUCAUCAAAUCCAUCAUCGAUGUCAAUGGACAUUAUUAGAGAGGAUCCCAACAAUUUUAUCAACGACGCGGAGAAUCUAUUGGCAUCUCCCAAGACGCCGGAAGGGUCCGGAACUUCAUUUACUGGUGCCACCCCUGGAGUGAUUGGGGCUCAAGAAGUAUAUAAGGAUCCGAGACAAAAACGAUUAGCAGAGAAACAGAAACAGCAGCAACAAAAUUCGCAAAUUGGCGCGGUGCCGGAGAAGCUUAGCUUCAAGGAGAAGAUGAAGAUGUUCGCGAUGGAGACCGGCGAGGACGGUACGCCGCGUGACAAAGUAAAGAUUUCGCGAGCUCAACGCGAGAUCGACAACAUCAGCAGCCCUCUCAAUUCCAGCAGUAACAAUAAUAACAACAACAAUAACAACAACAACAAUACCACCAGCGGCAAUAACACCAACAACAAUAGGACCUAAUAAAGUAAAAUUGCAUUUUUUUAUCUUCGAACUAUAGCAAGCAAGAUGUAGGAUGGUUUAAAUAUUCAAAGUAUCUAGGAUACUUGGAGGAAAAAGUCACGAAUCUAAAAUAUAAAACAGAAAGUAACUUUUCUAAAAUUUACAUAAUCCGAUAUGAAGCAUUGACACUAAGCAGUACCGAUAUUGCGAUAUGCUAGGACAUGAAAAUGAUAAUGUCUCUACAAAAUAUAUCUCAAUUACCGCGAAAAUGAUUGAUAAUGACUUAUUUGACUGAAAGAAAUAUUAGCAGAAAAGUAAAAAAUAAAAUCUGUAUUUACAUUUUAUCUAUCGACAUGUGCAUUAAAAUUAUCCAAUAUCUGCCUUAUAUUCGUUUCCUCCGAACAUUCUAGAUAUUUCGUCGUGCGUUUUCUGCCGGAAAAAAAGAGAGAAAGACAUACCAAGAAAUAGGUAUUGUGCAUAGUUGUAUUUCCACACGCGAUAAGUUAAUUAGUUUUAUUACUAAUGGUACUACAUAUGAAUGAAGAGGAUACGAAUGUUAAAGAUGAAUCCGAUUAGCCGGCGAUUCUCCACAUAGCGUCAAAGUACAAACGAAAUUUUAGCUCUUUGACCAAAAAAAAUGUCGUGUGUUCUGUUAAGAAGGACCAUUAAUAACAUAAUGAUAAAUACGGGCGUAUUUAUUACAGUCGCGACGAGAAGAAGAGCUAUCCAUUCUCGUACGCGACGCGUCCAAUAUUCCUGAUAUUACUUCCGGACCAACAUAAUCUUAUUAUAAAGUAAUUGAUAAUUUCUGUCGAAACUAGUACGGCGUAAGAUAAAGCUCGGGAGUACUGAAUAAGUUUAUCGAGAGGCAAGAAUCAUUUUGCGACGAAAACUCGCGAAUGUACAUAAGAAGGAGACAGAUAGGCCGGGCCACAUGAUAUAUAUGUUAUUGUACGCGUUAAUUUUAUAUUUAUCUUUCUCGGCAGCAGAAGGGAGAAGGGGGGUUUAAGAUAUAUAUUUAAAUUAUACAACUAUAUAUAUACGAUUUACUCACUCUUACGCCAUUAUGCACUUAAAAAAGUACGACAAAGUAGUGAAGGUAGCUAGGAAAUAGAAAAAAAAGAAGAAUAGGACGCGUAUGAGCAUGUGCGUAUGUGUAUGUGAGGAAAGAAUGCGGAUAGUUAAAAAGAUUUAUAUUUAUAUAAUGCGCAUUUCACAAGUACAGACAGCACUAGCUUAGCUUUCGGAUCAAGGCCCUACUUUGUAUAGAGCUUGAACGAAAAUUCUAUUCUCCAUAGAAUUUCAAAGCUAUAUAGAAGCUCUGUAGAAUCCUGAUGUAUAGCCUCUAUUUCUUAGAUUCCGAAUAAAGACUCCACUUUUAUAGAAUGAAUAAGAUGUUUCAUAGAAAAGAGAUACAAAAUGGAUGAUUUAACUUAUGAUAGGAGAUCUUUAUUUUAAAAUGCGAAAGAUGCUAAAAAUCUUGAUUCAUUUAUAUAUCGACGUUUUAGUGAAUUUAGAAGUGGAGAAAUGAAAUUCACUUUUCUUCUUGUGUGUUAUUCUUCAAUAGUCAUCUCUUUUCAUUAAUAGAGUACUUAGAAGGAGAAAUUAUUUUCGUUUGUUAAAAUUUGUUGUUUUGCAGAAGGAUUUCUUAUCAAUGUGUAGAGUGAAUUACUUGAGAUAUUCACGGUUUAUAUUAAUUAUUUUUACAAAUCUUUCUAAAUGGACUUUUUCUGAUUUAGAUAUGUGUAUAUAUAUAUUAAUGGAUCACAUAAAUAAAACAAACAUAACAUUACAAGGUUUACGUUGUAACGAUAUAUCAGAAUUGAUAUAUAUAUAUUUAUUGCAUAUAGCAUAAGAGUGCUAUUACAACAUAAAUUCUGAGCGCAUAAAUUUCGGAAAAGUUCAAAACUCGUCUUUUAUUAAAUUUAAAUAAUGAAUAUAGCAUUAUUUAAAUCGAUGAGUUUACGUUUUCGAUAAAAUGUUUCAACACAUUACUUUUACUAUUGAGAGCGAUCUGUAAAUCAUGCAAGAAAGGACAUUUUUGCUUGCAUGUGCUGUCGUACAAUAUAUAUUAUAGGUAUAAUUUUUACAUUUUUCACUUAUACUUUAUGAGAUUAAGGGAUAUCAAUUUAAGGAUACACAACUUUCGAAUUGCAGCAUAUGAUUAUAUUAAUCGAUCGAAACUUGAGAUCUUAAAUGACUCACUCUAUGCAAUUUUUCUAUUAGUCUUCUCGACGCUAAGUGAUAAUCAAAAUGUUAUCAUUGAACGCGAAACCUUUCCUCACCUUUAAUUCUAAGACUUUGAAUUUUUUGAUCUUCUUAGACUCUUUUGCAUUUGGAGAGUAUUUGCGGAUGAUGACGCAGUACUCCAAAAAGAGCUUAGUGAUCUAAUAUGUGAAGAACAAAGCGUAGCAAUAUUAGAAUUUAAGGAACAACUUAUGUAGAGUAAACUCUGUACAAAUGAAAUGAGUGGAGAAUGUUAGCCGAUUUUGCGCAAAAGAAAUUGUCACGCAAGUCGAGCCGACCGACGCUGGAGAGAUAUUCACGUUCCACUUAGUGCUUCGAUGAAUUUGUUGAAAUCAUGCAACAUUUAUUCCAUUUCUCGCCGUCAAAUCUGUGUUACGACAGAGUAAAAAAAUAUCGUAAAAAGGCUCUUUUUUUGACAGUAUUCUGAGAAAUUUCGAGUAUUAUUUGUGAAAAACAAUUUAUCUUUCAUAUCUCUACGUUUUUUUUAAGCUUAUGAAUAUUAUUAGAUUUAUCUUCCAGAAGAGAAAAAGAGAGAUGCACAGAUUGCAAUACUAACAUCGCAUAAGUAGAAUGCAAUAUACACAGAUCAAUACAAAUAUCGCUUCCAAAAGAAAUCAUUCUCAUUUUUAUUUUUGUACAUUAUUCACGAAUUUAUAUCUUGAAUUCUCUAUUUAAAAAAAAAAAAAAAAAAAAAAA